GGAUAGAGUCACUGCAGCAGUAGACUCUCCUUUAAAACGGUGAGACGAGUACGGUAAGAUUACUGCCAACAGAGGGCUUCUAUUUUGAGUUUGAAAGAGAGGGCAGGCAAAGCUUCUGCGUUUCUAGGGUUUUACUUUGGAGCUUUCAGAUGGAUUCCCACUCGCCAGAUGGAAAUGGGGCAGGGGAAGGUUUGCCACCUCCGCCACCCAUUCCACCAAAUGUUGUUCCAGAGCAAGUGGAACAGGAACCCUUAAAGAAAAAGGUUAUGCGGGGUCCAAUGGCUAGGCGUGGCCUUGGAACUAAGGGCCAAAAGAUAGUGUUGCUUACUAAUCACUUUAAAGUUAAUGUUACUAAUGUUGAGGGCCACUUCUUCCAUUAUAGUGUUUCUGUUUCAUAUGAGGAUGGCCGACCACUGGAAGGUAAGGGUGCUGGUCGAAGAAUUAUUGAUAGGGUGCAUGAGACGUACAAUUCUGAGCUGGCUGGAAAGAACUUUGCAUAUGACGGGGAGAAGAGUUUGUUUACUGAUGGCCCCCUUCCACGCAACAAGCUGGAGUUCACAAUUGUUCUGGAUGAUUCAUCUAACAGAAGCAAUGGAAAUCGUAGCCCUGAUGGAAAUGGAAGUCCAAAUGAGGGUGAUAGAAAAAGAUUGCGACGCUCAUAUCAGUCCAAAACAUUCAAAGUGGAAAUUAGCUUUGCUGCGAAAAUUCCUAUGCAAGCUAUUGCGAAUGCAUUGCGGGGAAAGGAAUCAGAGAACUCCCAAGAAGCUUUGAGAGUGCUUGAUAUUAUUUUGCGGCAGCAUGCAGCCAAACAGGGAUGUCUUCUUGUUCGCCAAUCAUUCUUUCAUAACGAUGAAAGAAAUUUUGAGAAUAUAGGUGGUGGUGUACAAGGUUGUCGAGGAUUUCAUUCGAGCUUUAGAACCACUCAGGGAGGGUUGUCUUUGAAUAUUGAUGUAACAACCACUAUGACUAUAAAGCCUGGACCUCUGGUGGAUUUCUUACUUGAGCACCAAAAUGCGAGAGAUCCCUUCUCUGUUGAUUGGGCCAAGGCUAAACGAACGAUAAAAAAUUUGAGGAUCAAGGUUAAUCCCUCAAAUCAAGAGUACAAGAUUACCGGAUUGAGUGAACAGCCUUGCAAAGAGCAAUUGUUUUCCUUGAAGCAGAAGGGAAAGGAUGGGAAUAGCGAAGUUGAGACCACAGAAGUGACCGUUUAUGACUAUUUUGUGAAUUAUCGCAAAAUUGAACUUCGCUACUCUGGAGAUGUUCCGUGCAUUAACGUGGGAAAGCCAAAGCGUCCGACUUACAUUCCUCUUGAGCUUUGCGAAUUGUUACCAUUACAACGCUACACAAAAGCACUGACCAAUCUUCAAAGGGCUUCGCUAGUGGAGAAAUCAAGACAGAAGCCUCAAGAAAGGAUGACUGCUUUGUCUAAUGUUUUGAAAACGAGCAAGUACGAUACUGAACCUAUGCUACGUUCGUGUGGCAUAUCCAUCAGUACUAACUUUAACCAAGUGGAAGGACGCGUGCUACCAGCUCCAAGGUUAAGAUUUGGCAAUGGUGAGGAGUUCUCUCCUCGUAAUGGUAGAUGGAAUUUCAACAAUAAGAAACUAGUGGAGCCGACAAAGAUCGAACGAUGGGCAAUUGUCAACUUUUCUGCACGGUGUGAUAUAAGAGGCCUCGUCCGGGAUCUCACCAAAUGUGCAGAAAUGAAAGGGAUUAGCAUAGAGCCUCCAUUUGAUGUCUUUGAAGAGAGCCCACAGUAUAGGCGUGCCCCACCAGUUGUUAGAGUGGAGAAAAUGUUCGAAGAGAUGCAAUCUAAGCUUCCUGGGGCUCCACAAUUUCUUCUCUGCCUGUUACCUGAGAGAAAGAACUGCCCUAUUUAUGGUCCGUGGAAAAAGAAAAACCUUACUGAAUUUGGAGUUGUAACUCAGUGCCUUGCUCCUACAAGGGUCAAUGAUCAGUAUCUUUCAAAUGUUCUCCUGAAGAUCAAUGCCAAGCUCGGUGGAUUGAAUUCUUUGUUGACAAUUGAGCAUUCUCCCAAUAUCCCUCGGGUUUCUAAGAUACCUACCAUGAUAUUUGGGAUGGAUGUUUCACAUGGCUCCCCAGGGCAAUCUGAUAUUCCAUCAAUAGCUGCGGUGGUUGGCUCUCGGCACUGGCCUUUGGUUUCUCGCUACAGGGCAUCUGUGCGAACUCAGUCACCAAAAGUUGAGAUGAUAGAUUCGCUAUUUAAGCAGGUGUCUGAUACAGAGGACGAAGGGAUUAUUAGGGAGCUUCUUUUGGACUUCUACACAAGUUCUGGGAAAAGGAAACCCGAACAAAUUAUCAUAUUUAGGGAUGGAGUCAGCGAGUCGCAAUUCAUUCAAGUGCUGAACAUUGAACUCGAUCAGAUAAUUGAGGCUUGCAAGUUUCUUGAUGAGAAGUGGUGCCCUAAGUUUGUGGUGAUUGUUGCACAGAAAAAUCAUCAUACAAAGUUUUUCCAACAGGGGGCUCCUGACAAUGUUCCUCCUGGGACAAUUAUAGACAGCAAAAUAUGUCAUCCUCGGAACAAUGACUUUUAUCUCUGUGCGCAUGCUGGAAUGAUUGGAACUACAAGGCCGACUCAUUAUCAAGUUUUGUUUGAUGAGGUUGGUUUUUCACCUGAUGAGUUGCAAGAACUUGUGCAUAAUCUAUCCUAUGUGUACCAGAGGAGCACAACAGCGGUUUCUGUAGUUGCACCGGUGUGCUAUGCUCACCUGGCAGCUACACAGAUGGGUCAAUUUGUAAAGUUUGAAGAUGCAUCGGAGACCUCCUCGAGCCACGGUGGGAUGACAUCUGCUGGGGCUCCUGCAAUUCCACAAAUGCCUAAAUUGCGUGAUAAUGUGUGCAGCUCCAUGUUCUUUUGCUGAGGCCUUUGAGCUGUAAAUGACAUGUAAAGUUUAUAUUUCCGUCCGUUAUGCGUUUUGGCACUACCUGUUGCGUGCUCGAACUGUUUGAGGUUUGAACUUACAGACUGUUACUUAAUUUAUGUACUUAAAAAGUCCCCUUCUGCCUUUGUUUUUGGUGGUAGCGUUGUCUCUGGGCUUUUGGAAGGGUGGAAACUUGUGGGAUGGAAGGGGUGUCUGUGAUGCUGGAUUUUGUUAGCGUUGUGAAGAACUGGCAUUUUAACUUAACGUUUGCAUAAUUAUGUAGCAACUUUUUUUUAA